UAAGAUACCAAGAAAUGGGAAAGUUUCCGACCUACCAGGGAACUAUUGAAGUAAGGAAUGUUGUUCACUGUUCUUCUGAAGAUGCUGAGUUCCCUGGAACCAACAUAGUCAAUAAACUCCUCAACAAGGCUUGGAGAUGCAGCCGUAAGGAGGCUGGAACUGGCCGAGCGAGUAUUACCCUUGAGCUGGACUCCCCAACAUAUAUUCAGAGGAUAGAAAUAGUUAACGCCGGUUCUGCGUUUGUGCAGGUUGACGGUAUGAUAAGUGAUGGGAAAAUUCCAAUUCCUCUACUUCCGAUGAGAAUGAUAAUGUCUGAACAAGAAUGUAAAAGCAGUAGUGUUCCUGUUGAUUACACCUCUAGCCAUGUGUUCAAGAGAUCAGAUUUUGCAGACGACUCCUUCAGAAGGUUCAAAUUCCUAGUGGUAACGGUGAUGCAGCCAUUCAGGCUGGGAUACCCCUUCGGUAUUGAAAGUCUUGUUGUAACUAAACCGUGUUACGCUGACAAGAUACAGAAACAAACUCCUGGACUUUCUGACCCAAACAAAGUAAAGGAGAUAGAAUUCUCGUUUAUGAAGCAGUCUCCUAAGAAGCAACCCCAAGAUGAAAUGGGCUGGAGUCUCAAUGAUGCGGUGAACGAUGAAAACUUUGAGAUGAAAAAGUCGGCUCCAAUGAACCGGCUAGGAAUGAAAACUAAAGAACCGUUAAAUGUCCCGAAACGGAACAAUUACUUCGCGUCUUUGAACGAACAACAUGGGUUUGUUUACAAAAGUCCUCGAGCGAGUAGAAAAACUAGUUCCAGUACGACGCCAAAGUCAACUGAAAGCGAAGUUACUAAAGAUGAAGACAAGGAAAACAAAUCGGUCGACAAAUCAAAAUCUUUUACUAAAGAUAAACUUAAAGAGACAACCCCUUCAAGAAAAAGAAAAAAAAGUAAGCUGCAAAUAAUUGAAUCAUCGGACUCAACGAUUGGAAAGAAAAGGAACUUGAACCAAAAAACGAAAAACGUUAACAGCGAUGAGGACAACCUCCCAGAGUUCAGCCUCACCGUACACUCCGACCAAGAAACCGACACCACUUCACCUCGACCGUCCACCUCCCCAUCUCGACGCUCCACCUCCCCAUCUCGACCCUCCACCUCCCCAUCUCGACCCUCCACCUCCCCAUCUCGACCCUCCACCUCCCCAUCUCGACCCUCCACCUCCCCAUCUCGACCCUCCACCUCUAAAUCACCCUCCAGAUCUCCCAGAUUCCUGUCAGUAUCACCAGGACGAUGUAGUUUCACCAAAUCCCCCGACUUGUCACUAUAUCAACGUAACUUAACAGAGAUCUCACCAGGGUCUGGGAAGAACAAAAUGAGGACUCCCAAAAGGGCGAAUGCUCAGCCAUCUCCCAAAAGGGCAAAUGCUCAGCCAUCUUGGAUUGACAGUUCCUUUGGUGCCAAAGGCAAUGCAAAAACGCCGUCCAAUUCUGGAAAAUCUCCCACCUCUACCACCAAAAACAAAACUACACCAAAUUCUAGGCGUGGAAAAACUCUAGACAAAUCCCCUUCGAGUUCAAAGUAUGGUGGAAAAAGCACCUCAACAUCUAAAUGGAACUCCACUGAAUCCGCACUGUGCCCGAAAUUUAUCACAAUCCCAGACAUAAACGAUGCAAGGAGUUCCCCUAAUAGAAGCAGAAAAUUAUCCGAUAGUUUGAUGAUAAUCGACGAAAGAUCUCCUGGAAGUAGUAGAACUCCUGGAACUUCAAGGAAGUAUUCAAAAGAUAAGAACGCUAGGGUCAGUGUUAGACGGCAUCAUGACGACGAUGUUUUGAUUUGUAAGCCUCUUUCCUCAACCACCACUGCUAGGAAUACUUUAGAGAGUCUUGAUAAGGUGAAGGAUGUAGAGUUGGUUAGUUGCCCUAUAUGUGCAGAUUCUUUCUUGCCAAAUGUAAUUGAGAAUCAUGCUAAUAAUUGCAUUGACUCCUUCAACAAUUUAGGUUAAAGAAGUGUAGUACUGAAACUCUCCUAGGUACAGAUGGGGUACUAACUUUGUUUUUUAAUUUAUUGUUGAUAUUCAGUGUGUCCCCAAGGUGCCCGAAAUGCCGUAUUUCAGAAAACAAUGCAUCUCAGAAUGUUUUAUUCUAGUUUUUAUUGAUCGAUUAUAAUAAGUGGACUAAUUUGUUUUUAGCGUUCAAUAUAUUAAACUUUAUUUAUAUUAAUUUUACUAUUAAUUUUGCUGUUGUGAAUAACAAUGUAAUGACGUGCUAUUAAUUUUAUUAAAUUUUAAUAUAAGCAUUUU